AUGGUGAGAUGGAUCAGACAAGAAGUUGACAAAUGGAAACUCAACACAAAUGGCAGUUUCAUUCCCUCUAUUGGCAAAGUAGGGAUCGGAGGAGCUGUUAGGACUAGAAAUGGACAAAUGGUCAUGGCCUUUGCAUCACCAAUUCAUUUACACACUAACAACUACUCAGUAGUCUUGCAGGGUACCCUAUGGUGUUGUAAUCAACAUUGUUACAACUUCACUUUGGAACUGGACUCCCUACUCAUGGUUAAAAUGAUCCUUGUCCUUCAUAAUAUUUCAUGGAAGCUACAUGAGAUUGUUAAGAAAAUUCAAAAGAAGGUGAAGCUCCAUGGUAUCAUGGUGCAACAUUGCUAUAGAGAAGGUAAUACGGUGGCAGAGUCCCUUGCUAAGUAUGCUACCAAUAUCACCAACAAUGAAGUGUUCCUCCAAGAAGAUGAUCACCCUCAAGAAAUCAAAGGUGCACUCUGUACAUACAAACUUCAAAUACCUUCUUUUAGGAUCAAACCUAAGAAGCAUUAA